AUGAACGAAGUUGAUGCUAAGUUGGUCGAGAUGAAGUUCUACACGAACUUGUUCACAAGUUUGCAGAGGAUAUGCGCAUCAAAGUGCAUCUCUAAAUAUAAUGACAGCGAGCUGACAGUUGGCGAGUCUGUGUGCGCUGAGCGUUGCACAGAGAAGUGGAUGGAGACCUUCAAGAAGGUUCAGGCCAAGCUUCACAACGCACCACCAACCACUGGAAUGCAGGCUGCUGCCGAGCCAGAGCCCGUCGCUGCCAAGAAGGGUUGGUUCUAA